AUGGAAUACAAAUCAUGGACCAGAAGAAAAUACAAGCAGUACCCAAAACCCCAACAGGAGCACCAAAAAGAAAAUCAACAUGCUGAAUGUAACAAUGCUGAACAACAAAAACAGGUGGCUGAAAGCAUUGAAAAACAGCAACAAAACAACAGCAAAAACACAAAAAAUCAUCUUCAAAGAGAGGGUAAAAAGGUGGCUCAACAUGACACAACAAUGCCUGAUAAUUAUCAAAGUAAUCAUGGAAGUCCAUCACUUGAAAACCAAGGGCAGGAGAAAUGGAAAAUGCAGCACCGAAGAGGUAUUGACUUGAAUAAAAUCCAACCCCCUAACCUCGCCGGUACUGCUGAAUAUGAUGGCUUAAAGAGUGGGAAGGAAUUGGUGAAUUCUUGUCAAAAUACUCCUGUUUCUGAAGAUGAUGUAGAGGGAAGGGAAGGGUGUCAUGUGGAAGUGUUGGAAAAAAAUGAAGGGGUCAACCAUCAUUCUUCUAAUGAAGUGGUUACAGGUGCUAAAAAUUUGCAGCCACUAGUAACUACUACUGCUGAAGCUAAUAACUUGACCCAGGAAAAGAAUGACAAGUUGGUUGCUUCUUCUUCUUCUUUGAUUGUAGAGUUGAACUCUACCACUAAAAAGAAUAAGGAAGCAAUUCAACAAAAAAAAAAAGAUCAACAAGAAAUAAAAGCAACAAAGAAGAAAGACAGGUUUACUAGUAAGCCGACAAGUUCAAAGGAUGUUUGUACGGAGAACAAGGUGGCUCCACUAGUAGAAGAAUAUGAACAAUAUCAGGAUCACUUUUCAGAAUCGCCAAAGUCCACUAGUAAGCCAUCUAGUUCAAAGGAAUUGGAGGAUGAAGAAGAUGAAUAUCGAGUGAUUCACUCGGAAGACGAAGAAGAUCUUGACAACCUUUCGAUAGAGGAGGAGUGUCAAGAACUUCUCAAAUCCAUUCAUUUUACAGGUAACACGGAUUUUAAUCAGGAAAGACAAGAAGUGACAAACAAAUAG